AUGCCGCCACCGUUACCGCGAGUCCUUUUCAGGGCUCCAAUGUGCACGGCACGAACAUGCUUGAAGUCAAUGGCACGCCCCGUCCCGGUCCCGAUCACCACCCGCACAGCGUCGCAAACCGUCUCUAAAGUUGCGGCGCCGGCUGUCCGCGCAUUCCACACAACCCCCCGGCGCCAGGCCUCCGAACCGCCGCCCGACUUCGUCUCGAUCGUAGACAACCCCCCAGACCUCGUCCGCGCCGGCCGUCGCCACGGACCCGGUCUGAUCCUCCUCGCCCUGAUCCCCGUUACCGCUUUCAUCUUGGGGACAUGGCAAGUCCAGCGCCUGGACUGGAAGACCAAGCUCAUCGCCAAGUACGAGGACCGCCUCGUCCGUGAUCCGCUGCCGCUUCCGCCGCGCAUCGACCCGGAGGCCGUGAAGGAGUUUGAUUACCGCCGCGUCUACGCCACAGGCCGUUUUCGCCACGAUCAGGAGAUGCUGAUCGGGCCGCGCAUGUGGGAGGGCGAGCAGGGUUACAUGGUCGUUACGCCGCUCGAGAGAGAGGGCGACGGCACGACGGUGCUGGUGAAUCGCGGGUGGAUCAGCAAGGAGAUGGCAGACCAGAGAAAACGCCCGUACGGCUUGCCCACGGGCGAGGUGACGGUCGAGGGACUGCUUAGAGAGCCGUGGAAGAAGAACAUGUUCACGCCCGACAACAGGCCCGACCGGUGGGAGUUUUUCUUCCCCGAUGUUCACCAGAUGGCGGAGCUCACGGGAAGCCAACCGGUUUGGAUCGAGGCUACUAUGGAGCACGAAUUCUUCCGCAUCGUGGACCUCAAGUCCAGGGGUAUCCCUAUCGGCAGAGCCGCGGAGGUGAACCUGCGGAAUAACCACGCCCAGUACAUCUUCACAUGGUACGGCCUUGCCUUCGCUACUUCAAUCAUGCUGUGGAUGGUCGUUAAGAAGCCCCCGUCCGAUGUUUCGCGACGGGUGCGUAUGAACAAGCACUGGUAG